UGUGCGCAGAUUAGUGUGCGCAUAGGUCCUAGCACCGUAACAGCGCCUAUGGAGACCUAUCAAACGCUACCUGUAUGACGAAAAAUUACAUGUUCCCGUGAUGUGAAAUUAGAAUGAAUUGAAAACAUGAACAGGAAAGCGAGACAACUAGUCUUACCGGACACGUUUACUUGCAUCAGAUACAUCAAAUUCUUACAAAUCUCUCUAGAAACGAACUGAAUAACUUUAAUCAGGGCCGUAAAUGCCUAGUGGUUGUGAUGGCACGGAAAGGGAGUGCAGAAAAAACAGUCCCUCGUCACACUCGCAUUGAUGACGAGUCAUGGAUCUGGGAGAGCUACGACCCAGGUAUACAGAUUGGAGAGGGAACGUUCGGCAAAGUGUUCAAAGUAAAGCACAAGUCAUCUGGGGAAUAUUGGGCUAUGAAAGUAGUCAACAGGGAAAAGGCGGGUCAUUCAGCUGUUACGUUGUUAGAAAGAGAAGUAACCAUUCUGAAGAAAGUCUCGCACGAAAACAUCAUCAGUCUCAAUGAAGUAUUUGAAACAGGAAAAAAAAUGUAUCUGGUGAUGGAGCUAUGUGAGGGCGGAGAGUUGGCCGACGCCCUUAAGGAAAAGAAAAAAUAUACUGAGGCCGACACCAAGGUUAUAGUGAAAAAGAUGGCUAGUGCAAUCAAGUACCUACAUAAAAAUGAUAUAGUACAUCGAGAUUUGAAGCUGGAAAAUAUUUUACUGAGUCAGAAUCCAGACGACCCAGAUGACAAACUACAUAUAAAGGUAACAGACUUUGGACUGUCAGUAGAAAAAGGAGGUGUCGGACAGGACAACAUGAUGCAGGAUUUCUGUGGAACUCCAAUAUACAUGUCUCCAGAAAUAAUAGAUAAUAAAACCUACAGCCAGCAGUGUGAUAUAUGGGCCAUGGGUGUUAUAGUGUAUAUAUUAUUGUGUGGCUCCCCACCAUUCCGAUCUAAAGACGAGGACACGCUAUAUGAUAUGAUUAAGCGAGGGGAGAUUGAUUUCUCAGGCGAAGUAUGGCAGGGCAUUAGUGAGGAAGCCCAGGACUGUAUAAGGGGUAUGCUGAAAGUAGACCCAGCUCACAGAAAAACAGCCAGUGAGGUGCUAUAUCAUCCCUGGAUAACUGGAAACGUGAGUGAGGGUAACCACCACAAUGUCCUGGAGAUGAUGAAGAUGUGGAAGGAUGAACUGAAGGUACAGGAGGGACAAAACAGUGCAAUAAACGGUGACGGAACCCCCGAUACGGCAGACGAAACAGACGGAGAUAGAACCAGUCCAGUCAUCCCAGAAUCCGCACCACAGAGCAGUUCAAAUAAGGCCAACGGCAAGACAACACAGGAUGUGCAGUCUAGGAAAGGAUCUGGUGGAACAAAGAAGUGUGGAGGGGGCAGUAAGCCUGUAUCCAACUCAAGUCGACCGAACAGUCAAUCCUUGAACCCAAGCAAACCUUUACUCACCCCGGGGUCACGGAAUUCUGUGGGGUCGGGAGCCAAGUCCCCCUCUCUUCAAAAAACCUCGAACACACCCACCACAAAAGGUGUUGCCAAUAGCGGCAGGACAGGGGCUGGACAAGCAGCUCCCAGGGGGAGAGGGACCAGAAAAUAGUCUGGUUCAUCUAGAUCAUCAGGCAUUGCGAUUCAUAUCCUUCAUGGACGGUUAAAACACACACGAAGACUAGGAUACAAUUUAAUGUGUUUUUACGGCUUACCGAAAGUUUGUCGGUCGCCCAUGUUUCAUGUAGAGCAUUUGGAGGUUGUAUGAAUGAAAUGAAUGGCUGUGUUUUGAUUAUUUUUUUGUUAAAGGACACUGGAUGUGAAGUUAGAACAAAACCAAUUGACUGGCCAACUUUAUAGACAUGUGCUAGGAUCCAUGUAUUUUUUUCUUUUCUCAUUUUAUGCUUGCACAAGCUGAAGUUUGUGUUUCAUUGUCUUGAUGUCCAGUUCAACUCCUUUCAUUUGUUUUAUUCAUUCCAUGGAAAUAUAUGUUAUUGUGACAGAGUAUUAUUUACAAAUUGUUUCUGAAGUGCCGUUGUUAAGCAUCAUUCCAAGAUUCAAAAUGUAAAAAAAUAAAUAAAAAUGUAGCUAGAUUUGCAUUUUUUUGCAUUUAAUAUAUUUGUUUAGAACAAUAUUCUCUUUUAUGAACAAAACAUAAUUGGUGGUUUUUGAAGAAGAAGAUUCUCUUCUGUAAAAUCUUUUGAUUUAGAGAACAUAUCAACAAACCAAAAAAUAUGCAAGAUCCACUUUGGGAACUGUUUUCCUUUUGAUGAUUUGCCUGCUGAUCUUGUGCCAAACUAAACUGUUUCUGCGUAUUCAGUUCUACUUUAUUUAAUCCUUAUUUUUUCUAUUAUUAUUAUUAUUAUUGACUGUGCCUUUUGUCAUGUAUUUCUACAAGCUAAUGACCAAUUCGACAAGAGUGACUGCUCAAACAUUUUGGUUGUAUUAUAACUAUUUUUUGUUUAAUUUAAAAAAGUAUGUCCUUAGAUAUUAGAUAGUAAAGUCUAACCUCCUAUCAUGAGGUGUCAUACUUUCUGUGAAGAUUUUUAAAAGCGAUGUUUUCCUAAAAUCUGGAUUAAAAAAAUAGAAAGUAAAAUUUCAAGAAAUUUAUCUAUUACCCUACACUCAAACCAACACCUUAUUAUUCUUCAAUUUUGUUGACAUUACAUUUUGAAAUGAUAAUAUUAUUACUGUAUUUAUAACUCCUUAUAUGAA